UUUUCAACUCCGUUGUUUUCAUUCCUACUCUUCACACCUCUCUUCUUCAUCAACCUAUCUCACCUUCCCCUCUCUAGGUAUUUGUAUAUAUAUAUAUAUAUAUCCUACCCACUUCAUCAAUCUUUCAUUUCUCAUAUCACCCUUACAAGACGACACCGUUUCUUCCGCAAUGAAACCUCAUACACCUUUUUAUUCAUCUUCCUAUCUACGUGUCUCUGAUGACAUGCAAGAGGGAGAUCAUGGCAAGGUGACAGGGGUACCUGCAGAGUUACGCAGGGAUUAUUCUUCCGCUCUCCAUUCGGUUCGUAAGCAAAACAUGAAGCCAUGGAAGCAGCCGAUAGCACCAAUGCCGCCUGUUCCGCCCAAGGUGUACAAGGUAGACGCUGCGGAUUUCAGAGACUUGGUGCAGAAGCUCACUGGUAAGCCGGCGGCCUCGUCAAGCUUUCGCCAGCAACAUCUGAAAAGCACGGAGGCAGCGGACUUCACCCGGCCACCUCUCAUCGUCAGACGCCCAUUGUUUUCUAGAGCUAAUAUAGCAGAACCCCUGGCCCAGAGGCCGAUGUUUUCGUCUAUUUACCAAGGUUUACUUGCUGAAACAUCAUGUGAUGCUAAUAAGCUGACAAAGAUGCCAACUGCAGAGAGCAUGAAUUCUCACGGAGUAUCAAAUUUCUCAUCAUCUUCGUCUUCGUCGCCAUCUUCUCAGAACUGGUAUUCUUUCCCGCUUCUGAGUCCGGGAACUCUGUCCAGUCUGGAGCAGACAAUACACCUCUAAGAAUCUUCUCCACUGUUUGGGAGUUUUAAAGUAUCUUUCUUUUAUGUAUCUUAAGUACUGCAAACAACAUGAUCAGGCAACAAGAACGCAAAUCUUUUUUUUCCAUAACCAUUAAUAUCAUUAACGUUGUGAAAGUCUGGAUCAGAUAAAGCACUUGACGCUUAGGCCUCCUCUGUUUUUGGUUAUAUAUAACUGUGUAAGUGUUUGUGUUACAUUUAGAAUCAGUCGUCUCUUUCCAGGCAACACAGAGACCAGAUAUUGCUUCUGGGUCGCCAUAACCAAUUACUGUAUUGCUGAUCCUUUA